AUGGAUGCGGAAUCAUUAUCAACUAUCAAGCGCCCUAUGCCAGCAGACCAGGAUGCACAGGAUGCACAAGACCUCGCGUUGAUGGGCCAUGAGCAGUCUCUCACUCGCAAAUUCAACUUCUACAGCAUGUUCAGCCUCGCUUUCUGUGUUUUGGGAACAUACUAUGUCUUUGCCCAGGAUCUGGCUACGGGGCUGCAGAAUGGUGCCUCCAUCACUAUACUCUGGGGCCUGGUGCUGGUCACUUUCUGCAAUAUCUGUGUGGCGCUUUCCCUCGGUGAACUCUGCAGCAGUAUGCCCACGGCUCUGGGCCAGGCAUACUGGGUCUAUCAGCUCUGGAACACGCCCUUGGGUCGAUUCCUGUCAUACAUGUGCGCCUGGAUCAAUACCUUUGGCUGGUGGACUCUGUCCGCAUCCCUAAACGCUUUCCUGGCAGAGUUCCUGCUGGAGAUCAACACGAUUUUCCACCCAAACUGGGCCGGUGUGGGAGAAGGAUGGCUCAACUUCUUGGUCUAUAUAGGCGUGACAAUGUUGCUGACUGUCAUCAAUGUUGUGGGAUGUCGGAAGGAGCAGUUCCUGCCAUGGCUCAACAACGUCGUGGGGUCAUGGUAUGCCCUCCAAUUUAUUGUUCUCUCCUUGGCCCUCUUGAUCUCAGUAGGGGUCAAGAACGAUUUGUCCUUCCAAUCGCCUAAGUUUGUCUUCGGAAAUUGGAUCAACGGAACUGGAUGGCCGAACGGAGUGGUUUGGUUUAUCGGCCUCGUGCAGUCAGCAUAUGGAUUGACAGCAUUCGACUCUGUUAUCCAUAUGGUUGAAGAAAUCCCUGCGCCCCGACGCAAUGUUCCGCGUGUCAUGUUGUUGGCAGUCAUUUCGGGGGCAGUGACUGGCUUUAUUUUUAUGAUUGUCUGCCUUUUCUGCAUCCAGGAUGUGAGCCAGACAGUCAAUGCGGCCCUUCCAUUUGUCGAUCUUAUGGCGAACACGGUGGGUCCCCAGGGCGGUACGGCCCUUAUUACCCUCUUCACUCUCAAUGGAAUCGGCCAGGGUGUUAGCUGUAUCACUACAAGCUCCCGUCUCACCUGGGGGUUCGCUCGGGACGGUGGCCUGCCCUGGAGCCGGUACAUUGCCUAUGUCGACCCUGUAUGGCACGUUCCUGCUCGAGCUUUGUGGGCCCAAGGCUUCCUUAUCAGUCUUGUUGGGGUUCUGUAUCUCUUCGCCAAUACUGUGCUUACCGCAAUUUUAAGCGUGAGCACUGUCGCUCUGACUAUCUCCUACGCCAUCCCUAUUAUAGCCUUGCUUGUUACAGGACGUGACCGCAUUCCUCCUGGCCCAUUCCGCCUUGGUCGGCUUGGCCCUCUUAUCAACUCGAUUAGUAUUGUUUACUGUAUGGUCACAACUAUCUUCUUCCUCUUCCCUAACAGCCCGAAUCCCUUGCCAGCCAAUAUGAACUAUGCCAUUGCCGUCCUUGGAAUCAUGCUUAUCGUGUCACUUGCCUUCUGGUUCAUCCAAGGAAGGCGUACCUACCUUCAGACAGAAGACGCCAUUUCUCAGGUAAUUCAGGGGCAGCAAAUGGAGCUGGCCAGAAAUUCCUCUAUUGGGCCAUCUCCUGCAGAGAAGAAGUGA